GCUUUGUGUCUCCUUGUAGUCAUAUUACCCAGGGACUCAGCAUGCCGCCGGAUUCUACAGUCGCAGAGCAAACGGGGGAUGCAGCUGGUACAGAUGAGAAGACAAGCAUCUCAAAGCAGUCAUCACUAUCUACAGAUGUUGAGAGAACGGCAAACAAUUCCUCGCCGACUGGUGUCCCUGAUGGGGGAACUGCUGCAUGGCUGGUUGUUCUGGGUUGCUGGUGCACCUCAUUCUGCAGUUUUGGCUGGCUCAAUAGCGUUGGAGUCUUCCAAGAGUAUUAUCAAAACGACCUCCUGCGCAGCUACUCUACAAGCGCAGUCUCCUGGAUUCCGUCGCUUGAGAUAUUCUUCAUGAUGGCCAUGGGGCCCAUUGUUGGAGUGCUGUAUGAUCGCUACGGACCGCGAUGGCUUCUCCUGACUGGGAGCAUAAUGCACGUCUUUGGGAUCAUGAUGACAAGCAUAAGCCGUGAAUAUUACCAGAUCCUCCUCUCACAAGGACUGUGCUCUGCCUUUGGCGUAUCCAUGAUAUUCCAGCCUUCCCUCACCUGCGCCGCCGGGUGGUUCGAUCGCAAACGCGGAGCAGCCUUUGGCAUCUUAUUCACAGGCUCCAGCAUUGGAGGAAUCGUCCUCCCAAUACUGGUGACGCACUUAAUCCGCGAUGCUGGGUUCGGCUGGGCAAUGCGCACCUGUGCAUUCCUCAUGCUGGCCCUCUUGACUCUAGCCAACCUCACCAUUCGGCCCUACAAUCCACCCAAACCGCGCAAGUUAACCCUCACUGAGCUCAUCAAACCUCUCAAAGAACUCCAAUUUGUCUUGCUAAUAAUCGGCCUAUUCAUCUUCACCUACGGCUUCUACGCGCCAAUUAACUAUCUCCCUGCGCAGGCCAUCAGCGUCGGCAUGUCCCCAAACCUGGUGCAAUACCUCCUCCCCAUAUUAAACGCAGGUUCUCUCUUCGGUCGUCUCUUCGCCGGAUUUCUCGGGGACAAACUCGGCAGAUACAAUAUCUUCAUCAUCGUCUGCUACCUAUCUGGGAUAUUCAUUCUAGCCCUCUGGCUCCCGGACUCCAGCAAUGCAGCCCUCAUCGCGUUCGCGGCGUUAUUCGGCUUCUUCUCUGGCGCGUAUGUCUCCCUGCUUACGCCGCUGAUUAUGCAGAUCUCGCCGAUGCCGGAGCUGGGCUUUCGUACGGGAAUUGCGCUUCUGGCGACUGCUGUUGCCGGGUUGACUACAAAUCCGAUUAAUGGGGCGAUUGUGGAUGGCGGUGGUGGGUGGGGUGGGCUCAAGGUUUUCUCGGGGGUGUUGGCGAUUGUUGGGACGAGUUUCGUGCUGGUGGCUAGACUGAGGAAGACGGGGGUGAAGGUUUUUGUGCGGUAUUAAACUAUUCUCUGGAUAUGACGGCGGGCUACUAGUCAUAAAUUGCAACAGAGAUAUAAAGGCUUGUAUCCGCCACAGCCAAACUCUUUCCUCUUCAGUAACCUUACAUACUAAAUCCACAAGCCCAUCAC